AUGAUGUAACCCGCUUCAAUCCAUGCGCCUUGUUAGGGAAAUCAAGAUGGCGGCAUAUCGUGCAGUAGUUGGUCGUCUUUUUGCUCUUUCUAGACCAGUUUGCUUGGUUAGAAUGAUGAGUGGUGAAAUGGGAAGCGGUUCUGGAAGGGGUGGAGGAGGUGGCGGAACUAUCAGAGAUGCUGGAGGUGCAUUUGGUAAAAUGGAACAUGCACAUGAGGAACAGUACUUCAGACAACUGCAACAGCAACAACUUGAAGCACUGCGAGAGCAACAAAAACACAUGAUUGAAACAAUUGAAAAAGAAAUAGAGCACCAUGAAGAAUCAAUCAAACGCAACAAGGAACAACUAGCAAAAUACCACAAAUUAAUGCAGAAAUCAGAUUCCAAGGGUAGUGGCAGUGACUCAGAUUAAAAGCAUUUGGAAGCAGAGUUGACUAUUUGUUAUUAUUAAAGGAAAUUGGUUUUCUGAUCUGCUGAAUUAUUGUUGUUGUGAAUCAAUUUAUUGUUAACAGUUUCAAGUCUGUCGUCUACUGCCUCAUUGUGAAAUGUUUUAUAUCAUUUGGUUUCAAUUGGUGCUUUUUGCCAUGAUUUGCAUAUUUAUGAAUUAAAAAAAGUGUGAUUUCCAUGC